AAAGUCUGACGGAGAUGAAUCGAAAGAACCGCCAGAAUUUACCCAGUUGAGCGCCCGCCCCCCCACCCCCUCCUUUUCCCGAAGACAAGCAAUGGAGAGACCACCAUGGAGCAGAGCUUCCGGCAACCGCGAGUUCCUGCGGACGUACAAGGCUUGCAUCUCUUGCCGGCAGCGCAAGGCAAAAUGCGAACUCGGCGGGAACAGGGAGCGCGGGAUCCCGCCCGGUCCACCGUGUCUAAGAUGCCGACGCGAACAGCGGAACUGUCUAUUCAGCGAAGAUCGCGCGUGGUCACGGAAAAAGAAGACGAACAAUGUCAUUAGUACAACUUCCGGCGAGCAACAGCCGUCCCUGACAGGCUCGCCCCAAAUACCCGGCGUUCCCGCCAGCGCGGCAGGCACUCCGGGCAGCGCAUCGCUUCACUCAUCAGCCAUCACGGACGCCGAAACACCCGCAUCAACGUCAACGCACCCUUCCAACGCAGCUGCUCCGCUGCCGAUGCAAUAUGAGCCCACCGGCGCGGCAAGUACUCCGGCCAACAUGAGCACCAGCAGCACCUCGCCCUUAACCUCCACGAUGGCCCCUCGCCCGGACCCUGCGUCGGACCCUGGUGCCUCCAGCGGUCUCGCGAGCUCCGUCAUGCGUACCGUGGUCUCCAGCGGGAACGAUGCGCUGAAUAUCCUCUUCCAGGCCGCGGCCCAAGAGCAAGGGGCCAGUAUCGGGGACAUGUCGACGAACUCGAGGGCUGCUGCUUUGGGCCAGACUGCUCAGCCCAUGCAGCAGACCCACGGGACCCCCGGGUCGACGACAUCCCUGGGGAUGGCGACGACGGUGUCCGAUCCUGCACACUUGUCGCCUGCGGAACCUGAGGUUGUGGCGGUUUGGGAUUCUUGCCGAUUUGUCAAGAUGGGCUGGUUCUCGUCGAGGGAGGCCGUGACGUAUAUUGAUCUAUUCUUCAAGAACAUGGCGCCGCUGUCACCGAUAUUGUCGAACUUCUAUUCGCACCAUCGUAACCACUACUGGCUGAUCACCCAGGAGCCCGUCCUCUGCUGCACCAUCUUAAUGAUCUCCUCACGGUAUCACACGCUGCCAGGUGUGGGUGGGGCUUCGAGAGGGUUCUUCAUUCAUCAACGGCUGUGGCAGCACUGUCAGCAUUUAAUCAUGCGAGUCAUGCUCGGCCAGGAGAAGGGAUCGAAGGCGAAGACUCGGACAGUUGGCACGAUCGAAGCGCUCCUGUUGAUGUCCGAGUGGCACCCCCGAUCUCUGCACUUUCCACCCGAGAGUGACGGCUGGGAUUCGGACCUGAUGAUGACAUCCCCAGAUCAUAUUACCUCUGCUAUCAGUCCCGACAUGUCCGUAUCGGCUCCGAAUCGUUGGCUUGAAGAUGUUAUUGAGCCGGCAAGGCGGUCCGAUCGGAUGUCGUGGAUGCUCCUCGGUUCUGGGCUGACGUUAGCACACGAGCUUGGAAUAUUCGACGCGGAUGACUCUCGAGCCAGGAGCAUGAUAUCAAGCCCGGAAAUGGAAAGCCAGGGCGUCGAUAUCAAUCUUCGCCGAUGCCGCAUCCAACAACUGCUCUACGUUUUCAUUAAUCAGCUAGCUUCACGGCUCGGAUGCAUGUCGCUCAUGCCACAGAGUCUGAAUCAUGCUGUCCUGGCACCGUUUUCUCAACCUGCUCUUCAGAUGGGUGACGAAUGGCAUUCGUUUAUGAAUUCUUGGAUCGAACUUACGAAGCUUUCAAAGUCCGUUACGGAUAUGUUCUUUCCGUCUGCGUCUUUGACGCGCCAGCAGUUCCACAGCGGUCGGUAUAUUGGGCUUUUGGAUCAUUUUCGCCCAUUACUAUCACAGUGGCGGCAGAAGCAUCUGGAUACGCGACAUUUGUCCCCGCCUUUCCGUGACAUGAUUUUCAUAGAAUACCAGUUUACCCGAGUAUACACGAAUUCAAUUGGCAUGCAAGCAGUUGUAGAACGACUCCUCGCUGAAUCAGACCCAGACUCCGCCCUGGAUGAAGUCCGCCAAACGAACGUGGACGACAUUGAUUACGAGUUUAUCCAAGAAGUCAUCGAUGGUUCAUGCCACAUCCUCCAGAAAGUCAUUACGCUUGCGGAAACGGGGGCGCUGCGGUUUUCACCUGUCAGGAUAUUCCUUCGAGUAACAAGCUCUUCCAUCUUCCUCCUUAAGGCUCUCAGCCUGGGUGUACGCAACGCAAAACUACAGGAGUCCCUCGAGAUAUUAACUAGAAGUAUUCAAGCGUUAAGGUCCAGCUCUCUUGAUGACAUCCAUCUUGGAUCCAGAUAUGCGACGCUCCUUGAAUCUCUCAUUACCCGGCUUCGGCGUAGCUUUGUCCUGUCCAACAAGAGAACUAGUCGGGGCACCACAAGACCAUCGUCUGUACGACCGCCGGCGGAUCUCCACAGUUCAGCGGGCCAGCCCGACGUAGGCCAUAUGACGGGGAAUGGCGGUGGACAAAUGGAAAUUUCAAAUCCGGUGUUUGACGAUCAGAUACUGUCGCUGAACGAUAUCAACGCAGAUGAUUGGCUUUCGUUGCCUUUCGAUCCGUCAAUGGCGCCAUUUGGAGAUGGUGGAAAUCAGCUCUGGUCUGGCUUCGAAGGAUCGAAUCUGAAUUUUAUAUGGAAUUUACCUUCUUGA